UGGGGUAUUUUCAAGAUGGCGAUGGACUGUGGCCGGAAUGCCGCUGAUGCUGCCAGUUAAAAACGCUGAGGGGAUUUGAUUAAUCUUCUGUCCGGCGGCCUCGUUUUAUUCUCGAGACGGAACAAGUACAGUUACUCUAAGACAUUAAAUAACUGACAUGUUCCACGCGGUGAGUAUCAGGUAAUGUUGAAGGCUAAAAUGGUAGCCCCUUCUUCAAAGAACAACAAAACCUGCUGCUGCUGUUGCUGCUGCGGAGCCGGGCCGACCGGGCGGGCGGACUCGUUGCGGGAUUUCACGCCCGGGGUCAAGGCUCGCUCGACGGACUGAGUCGUCAUGGAAACGGCGAAGGAGAACGGAGGUACGCUCGUCGUCGACCUGAACGAGAACGAAGAGGGCGCCGCCGACCCGGGAGAGGGGCCAACGGCUCGCGGACGCUACGUAGCGCUCAAAGACCGCAGCGCCGGGGUCAGCGGGGGUCAGGAAGCCGGGAAGGGUCAGGUUUAUGUCACCGGUGACGAGAGGAAUGUAAACAGAGGCGCCUCGCCUCAGCCGCCCCCCCGCGGGAGGGAGAUCACGUUGGACCUGCUCGCUGCGGAGGACUGCCCCCCCGGUCAGUUGACCGGCAGCCGCGUGAUUUCGGGGGCUCGCGGGUUCCUGAACGGAUUCAACGAGUCAUCCGGCCAGGAGGAGCCGGGGAUGGUUGUAGGAGGAGGAGGAGGAGGAGGAGGAGGGGGAGGAGGCCUCUCUGGGACCACAGGCGCUUCCCGUCCAGCUGUGCUCGGGGUUCGGGUUUCAGGGGACCAGGGCGGAGGGAUGAGGCAGCCGCCCGCGGGGGAGAGCGAAGGGGAAACCCCGGAUUCCGACGAAGACGCCGCCACCCCGGGAGAAGAGGCCACCGGCUGCACCAGGACUUUCCUGCCCCACGACCGGCUGCCGUGCACGGGGACGCACCAGCGAGACGGCCUCGGGGGUCCGGAUGUAAACAUGCCCAACGGGGAUGUUGACCUGGGCUGCUGUAAACCGACAGGGGCGCAGGUUCUGGUCCAGACACUCGGCCCACGCGGGGAAGUCAAAGCCGUGAACGGCGGUUUCCACAUCGUGACCAACGCCAGGGCAACGUGUGACUGGUCCGACUCGGACUCUUCCCACUCCGACGUUGACCUCGACCUGGGGGUGACUGCGACUGCGGUCCCUCACUCCCUCUACCCACCCAAGGCCUCCACGACCCUGGGAUCAAGUGCCAAACCCCCCUCGUCCCGCCAGUCGACCGCGGAGGACGAGUUCAGCGACCUCAGUCUGCCCGUCAGGCCGCAGAGUUUGAGGACUAACUCCAACACCGUGAUGUCCCUCAGCUGCGACGCCACGCCGUUGUCCCCGGACGAGGAUGGGGGGUUUUAUUUCGGCGAGGAGGGGUGCGAGGAGGACUUCAGGGGCGCCAUGGAAGCGGGUCGCAGGCAGAGCGCCCCGGAUAAGCUGCCCGAUCUGACCCAGGAGCCGGACGGCUCGGACCUCAAGCUCAUGCCGAAGAGGUUCGGCAUAGCAGAUUUCUUCACCAGGAGCCUGUUUACUAGGAAAUCCAAAGAGCCCAAAGCAUCGUCCCAUAAUGCAACAGGGUGGCGACUGUUUGGCAAGACCCCAGUUGCAGAGGAUCCGACUACGGACCCCGACUCCCCCUUGUCCACGCAGGAGGACGAGCUGGAGGACGACGUGGGAGAGUCCUCUGCUGCUCAGCUUCCCUCGGCUGCAGGCAGGAGGAAGAACCUGGAGUUUGAGCCUCUCUCCACCACAGCUCUCAUCCUGGAGGACCGUCCAGCGAACCUACCUGCCAAAUCUCUGGAGGAAACUCAGAGACACAAAAUGGAGUACGAUGAGAUGGUCGCCGGAGCGAAGAGGAGAGAGAUGAAGGAAGCCCAGAGGAAGAAGCGUCAGAUGAAGGAGAGGCACAGACAGGAGGACAGCAUCUCCAACGCCAUGGUGGUCUGGAACAACGAGAUCCUGCCUCAGUGGGACAGCGUGAAGGGAACGAGGCGGGUGAGGGACCUCUGGUGGCAGGGACUUCCUCCCAGUGUGAGAGGACGAGUGUGGAGCCUCGCCAUCGGCAACGAGCUCAACAUCACACCAGAGCUGUAUGAGAUCUUCCUGUCCAGAGCCAAAGAGAAGUGGAGGAGUUACAGCGAAACCAGUUCAGUCAACGACAGUGAGAAUGAUGGAGGGGCGUCUCUGGCUGACAGAGAGUCCAGUCUGGACCUCAUCAAACUAGACAUUUCCAGAACCUUCCCCUGUCUCUUCAUCUUCCAGAAGGGCGGGCCCUACCAUGACCUCCUCCACAGCGUGCUGGGGGCUUACACCUGUUACAGACCCGACAUCGGCUACGUCCAGGGAAUGUCAUUCAUCGCUGCUGUGCUGAUCCUCAACCUGGAGGAGGCCGAGGCCUUCAUCACCUUCGCCAACCUGCUCAAUAAACCCUGUCAGAUGGCCUUCUUCAGAGUGGACCACGAGCUGAUGUUGAAGUAUUUUGCAGCCUUUGAGGUUUUCUUUGAGGAGAAUCUUCCUCGUCUCUUCAGCCACUUCCAAAUCAACAACCUGACCCCUGACCUUUAUCUGAUCGACUGGAUCUUCACCCUGUACAGCAAGUCCCUCCCCCUGGACGUGGCGUGUCGGGUGUGGGACGUCUUCUGUCGGGACGGGGAGGAGAGCCUGUUCCGGACGGGGCUCGGUAUCCUGCGGCUGUUCGAGGAGGUCCUGCUGCAGAUGGACUUCAUCCACAUCGCCCAGUUCCUGACCCGCCUGCCGGAGGACCUGCAGGCGCACACGCUCUUCACCGCCAUGGCCAACACGCACAUGAUCAGCAGGAACCGCCGCUGGGCGCAGGUGUUUUCUGCCUUGAUGAAGGAUGUAUACAAAGAGACGGACAAAAACUCCAGCCCGGCUUUCAGAAGCUAACACUAGACACGCCCCCUUUUCUUCAAGCUGUGAAGGUUGAAGCUCACGCCGGGCCAAACCACGGACUUCAGAGGAGGCCGCGAGGCGGCCGCGUCGGCACCUCUGACCCUUGUGGGGGGUUAGCCCGUGGAGCUUGAAGCUACGUAGCCCCGAAGCCCAACUUUCCCUCCAGAGGCGUCGCUACGAAGCUUCUAGCGAACACGGUGCCGGCCGUGCAGGUGGAAGCCCGAGGUUCCGGGAGACGAGAAGUGAAAUCUGCGCUGGAGCCCGAGCGGUUGGUGGAGUCCGAACCUCCCAACAGCCGAUGUCAGUAUUUCACCAGAGGGAUUUCGGAGAAGCGGCUGUGGUUCAGCAGCAGCUACGUGACCUACCAGCCCCAAGAAGCUCACACACUCCUGGCUGAGGGAAGGGGAAACUCACUCACUCACACACAUCGAGCAUUGCGCCCCUCGCGUAAUUCUCUCUCUCUCUCUCUCCUCUCGUCGGUGCUAACGAUUAUCUAAAAGCUUCAGAAAUGACCUCUAUGCGUUAACUAUUGUUGUUGCUCCUUGUGGGUUUUGAUUUCACACUAUUAUUGCUUUGCAUAUUCAGCUUGGACGUAAAUCUGCGGUAGCAUUGCUGACGCCGUUACACCGGGGGGGGGCUUAGAAAUUAGAUUAAUAAAAUUGUUCAGUCUCUGUAGGCAGAAAACAUGCAGAAUGUGGGAAAUUUGGGUGGGAAGAAAAAUAAUCGGGGGAAAUGAGAUGAUGUUUUUACAGGACACUAUUCCAUCAGCCAAUGUGUUGAACAGCACUAAAGUAAAUGGGGGAAAUUUAGUGGGAAAACUGCACGAAGAUGAAUUCAUGAAAUGUGGAUUCUUUUGAACUUGGACCGUAGGUGCAGCGUUAAAAGGGGACCGUCACGUUUUAAAGUCAGUGUUUCAAGGAUCUGGAUUCAUCAAAGCACUUUAUAACUGCAGCACGGAUCGACGUCACGGAAACGAGGAACCGAAUAGAAACCUGCAGGCCACAACGAGCAGAUUCUAGAGCAGCAGCAACGGCGUUCAGCUUUUAGUAGAUUACGCUCCGCAGUAGAGCUUUUCUCGCUUGUUUGAUCUUCAGCUGCAGAUUUAAAGUUACGAUUGUUGAACACCUGUUACAACCUUUUCAUAUGAGGAAGUUGCGCGGGAGAUACUUUAAUUUUAAAUCUUCCGACUUUUUGCCUCAACAUAACACUCUGCUCCAGUGUAAGGAGUCUGUGGAGCUUACCCCCCCCCCCCCCCCCCGCCCCCUCCCCACAUUGAUCCAAUUAUCCUGCUGAGUGAUUCCUUUUAUUGAAUCUGGGUUAGAAUCUUCUAAUUGAUCCGCUGAAGUGCUUUACAUCACAUCUGUCACUCUGUUAUUAUCACUCCUUUGAUUUACACACUCUGAGUGUAGCCUUCACCUCCAUUUCACCCCUACCUCUCCAUGACACACACACACAGACACACACUUCCCACUUAGCUACCAGCAAAUGAGCAGGCCUUAACAAUGUGGACCAAGCAGCCACUUUUUUGUAUUUUUGUCACGGUGGGAAAUUCCGACUUUGGGGGGAGACUCCCCAUCCGGCCGUAACGUUUGUGUUGAUGUUUGUAUGAAAUGCCAAACUCUGUGUUGGAGUCAUGUCGUCUUGAAGUGGUUUAUAAACCUUUUUGAUUCCUUCGGGGGUUAAAGCACUGUUGGCUUUACGCUCCAGAAUAAAACUACGCAAUCUUCUUCAAAUUCUCACUGGCUCAUCACCUCUUGUGAGCAAUUUAUGAAGUCAACUCAGAAAGUGUUUGUGUUUCAAGGUGUAAUGUGAACAAAUUGCUGAUCAAAGUACUUGAGAACAUCGGACUGGAUCAGUACCACAGAUGUUGGAAGAUGCAUGAUUUGAUACAGUUAAACAUGCGUAAUGAACAGAGCAUUAACACAUGCAUGUGCAAAACGCUCAGCUGGCAUCAUGUGCGUCAAUUGGCUACAAACAUCACUUUCUCAGUUUCUUCACCUCUAAACUGUUCAAGAAAACUCUUAAAACAACUCCAGGGAAUCUGAGGAAGCAAUAUAAGAAAAUAAGCACUUUGUGAACAUGAGCUGUUUGUUUCUUUUUUUAUUUUACACUAAUUACAAUGAGUGCAAUUAAUCUCCUAAUGAAGUUGUGGUAAAAUGUUGGUUGCAAGGUAAUAAAUUCCCAUUAAUUAACCGCAUUCAAGUUUCCAUCUGGUCUCGUAGCAAAAUAAAAUGUGAUCACCGUGACUGAAAACUCUUUUAAAAUCUUUAUUUCCCUCAUGUUUGUGAUCUUUGAGGGUUUUCAUUUCCAUUCGCUCUGUUGAUUACAGUCAGAUGCACCUUUUCUGAUUUUCAGUUUGUCUCUCGAGCCUCAAAGUUUUCUCUUUUCUCUUCCUUCAAUUCUUAAAAUAUAACAACAACUAUUAUAUGAAUUGAUUAACAACGCUUUUCAAUGGGAAUGAAACCUUUUUUUUCAUUCCUAAUAAACCUUGUUGAAUAUCCGUUCACACAGAUGAUGAAGAGCUUUCUUUGUACUCGUCUUCACUCCUUUAGACUCCUCCAGGAGCCAAGUGCAAUAUGAUCCCGUCUCUAGGCAGGAGAUCCAUUGAUUGGUUUCCGUGUCCUUUACCCAGAAUCCUCAGCAGCCGAUUCUCCGGAUUAUUCACCAAACAUUCACGCAGCUGCAAAUGGAAGAUGAGAUUAAUCACAUUCGUCCCCCACAAAGCUUCCCUCCACUCGCUUUAUUUUGGUUUCUUCAUUGCUCCAGUUUUAUUUUUUAAAGUUUCACGUAGAAUCAUUAAGCAUUUAAUGUCUGUUUAAUGUGUUUUAUUUUUUUUGGGUCAAAUUUCAGAGUAACGUUUUGUCAUGAUGCCUUACAGGUGAUGUAAAUAAACUGUAAAAAGUGUUCUUUCUUUUCAUAUAACGGCUACUAGUUGAAUGUGUAAAUAAAUAUCUCUGCAAACUUA